AUGGGGCUGGACAUCUCUAAGAUGCUCACCCCGAGCAAGGCUCCGUUCUGCGGCAUUGUUCCAGGAAAUGCAGCUACACCAAACGGUUCAGUAACACUGCCUGUUACCUUUGGGACAAAAGAAAACUACCGUACGGAGUACAUCAAGAUCGAGGUGGUGAACUUCGAGUCCUCGUACCAUGCCAUCCUCGGUAGACCUGCUCUGGAAAAAUUCAUGGCCGUACCCCAUUACGUCUACCUGCUCCUCAAGAUGCCGGGCAAGAUAGGGGUCCUCACCUUCCGUGGCGACUUGAAGGAGUGCUACGACUGUGAUCAGGAGGCAAUUGAAUAA